CAGAUGGUCUAUUAACUACUCAGGUCACUCAAAAUUUGUUUGUGUAUCAGAUAAAUAGUGGAGUGGCAGAAGCUCCCUUUUAAGUUUAAGUAGUACCAGUUUGAAACCAGUUUGGCAUCAAAAAUGUAUAAGAUCUUUGUAGUAUUUUGCGUGUUAUUAAUAUUUACUAAAGGACAAUAUGAGAACUCGGAAAGUGAGGAAAAGGGAACGACUCAAGCACCGUCUUUAGAUAGUCAGGAAGAAAUUGAACACAAAUUAGAACCAUCAGGAAAACCUUUCUUAGCCAGAGAUUCUAAAGAUAUUGAUUCAGAUGAGUAUGAUUACCUUUAUCACCCCAAUAACCCAUUACAUGUAUAUUACCGUAGGCGUCGUUAUAAGGAUGCUGAUUAUUUGCAGACUAUUAUAUCCAUGGGAAGAAGAUUAUAGGAUGUCUAUAUAGUACCUAUAUAAAAUGUUUUAUGUGAAAUGCAGUGUAUUUCAAAUUUGAUUUUUAUCAAUUUAAUUCCCAUUUUUUAGAAUACUAGGUAUAUUAUUAGAAAAAGUACAAAACAAAGGAAGUAUUAAACACCGAACAAAAUGUUUUCAUAAACUCGAAAUAUAAUGAGGUUUUUAUUUUAUAGUAAUUUUGGAAAAUUAAAAGGUUACUUUUGUGAGAGCAUACUAACCUGCAUUAAAACAGAAAUUAAAUAUCUAAAUAUGAAGAAGGUAUAAUGAAAUGUGAAAUACACUGUAUAUAGAUUUCUAAUAAUGUAGCCGAUGUUUGAUAAAGUGAAAUAAUAAAUAUCAGUAUAAA